AUGGCGGACCACCAGGAAGCGGUCGUACGGCAUCCCGGACAUGCAGCUAGUUUGAAGUUUACUAUCGGUCUCUGCCUAUGCUACACCCUAUGCGUAGCAUGUCUGCGCGGUUUCACUCGAUGGAGAGCUUACAGUAUCGAUGAUGUUUUUGUGAUGCUGUCGGGGGUGUUGGCGUUGAGUUUCUUUGGCAUCGUUUUUGCCUCUAUCUCUGCAGGACUUGGUCGCCCGAUGACUGAGCUAGAUCUCAUAUCACCUGCUAUUGACAAACUCAACGGUUAUAUAAUAGCUGGCAACAUUCUUUGGAUCACAUCGCUAUGCAUCUCCAAGCUCGCGAUCAUUGCCAUGCUGUUGCGUACGACACAGACCCUACACCACAGAAGAUGUCAAUACGGCGUCGGUACUCUAAUCGUUACUCAGUCUAUUGCGUCCAUUCUACUUCUGACCGUCAACUGUUCUGCUCACAGUGAGUUCGCGUGGAAUAUGACCUCCGUAAACUCCGAAUGCCCCCAAAUGGAGAGAAGAUGGCAUGCCUUGACAGCUCUGGACGCCGUGACGGAAGUUCUUCUGCUCUUUCUGCCCAUACAAUUGGUAUGGAGUUUGCAGAUGUCUUUCCGAACCAAGAUCACCGUUAUAUCAGCAUUUUGGCUUCGAUUGCCAACCCUCGUCUUCUCUGCUCUUCGCCAGAGGGAGAUGCACAAACUUACAACAGCGUCAAAUGUCCCACUCACAGCUGCUAUAGUGGUCAUCUGGCAGGCUGUAGAAUUAUCAUACUCUCUCGCUGCGGCUACCAUUGCAGCAUUGAAGCGAUUUACAGAAUCGCUCAACACUGGUUUCGGUCACGGUGAGCUCAUGCGGGUUCACGGGUCAUCUCAAGGGUACAAACUGUCGGGCAGAAGUGCUACAUCAAGAAACACGAAGGGUUCGCGUAAGAAGGCACCUCGCUCGAACACGCAUGAGGUUUCCAUCGACAUAGUGUCAUCCCAGGCUUCGUCUCAGGCGGAAUCAAGCUUUGACCAUCAUGUCACGCGAAUGAAGCUGAGGCCUGAAGUAUUGCGGAACACAGCCAUAGUGUCGUCACCAUCGAAAAGCUCAGCUCCGCGCAAUAAGCAGACAGAUGCAUUAGGCUCAGAGAAUAACACCAUCCGACAAGAAGUGCGGUACUCUAUUCACUACGAAGAAGAUAUCACGCGUAGCAAGCAAUGA